AUGUUCACUCCACAAGCUGCUCGCAGGCCGCCUGGCAGUAUGCAGCCUGGUGCUCCUGUUCAAAGUCAGAGCGACAUUCAUGCAAAAGAAAAACUCGCUGCCUAUGUGUACGAAUAUUUAGUAAUCUCUGGAGCGACAAAAACUGCAGAAGUAUUCAAAGAGGAGGUUUUAAGUAAUGUUCCUAACGGAGCCAUCAAGCCCAGUGAAAUUGGCCCGGGUUUCCUGCAAAAUUGGUGGAUGUUGUUUUGGGAUCUUUAUUGCGCAGCUCCAGAACGACGAGACGGGCCCGACGGCCAAUCAACGCAGGAAGCCAAAGCUUUUCAUGACUUUGGGUUUGUUCCCGGUGGUUUUGGUCCACCUGGACCGAUGAUGAAUGGAAUGCACGGUCCUGGGUUUCCGGGUGGGCCAGGAAUGGGAAUGCCUGGACCAGAGGGUAUGAUGCCAGGUCAUCCAGGAGGACCUGGAUUCCCAGGCCGCUUCCCAGGAAGGGCCGGAUGUCCACCGGGUGCCAUGCCUCCUGGCGGUUUUGGGAUGUUUCCUGGCGAUCCCAGAGCAAUGCCUGGUCAACGGAUGCCACCGAAUGCAGCAAUGCGCAUGCCCCCUGCUUCCUUUGCACCUGCUGGAAUGCGACCGGGUGCGCCAGGCGGACCGCCUCCUCCUCAGGGAAUGAGGUAUGGUGCACCGCCGGGUGGAGCAUUCAUGGAUUCUCCAGGACAAGCUUUUCCUCCAGGCGCCGGCAUGAUGCCAAAUGGUGGCGGUGUGAUGUGUUCACAAGCGCCCGUCGGCAUGUCUAUGUCAUCUCCUGGAAUGCCACCGGCUGGCGCAGCCGAUCCACACGGAUUUAUGAUGAGCGGUAUGCCAUCAAGCUCAACUGCUAUGCCUUUUGGCAUGGGAGAUACGUCAGUAACCAUGGGUAAUGGUAUGGGACCAGGAGGAAUGGGCGGUCCAGGUCCUGGUGGUCCUGAAGGAGGACCGUUAACUGGGUUGCUGAAUGGUGAAGAACUGAAGCAGUCGCCUGCCUCGACUCCACGAGGAGGUGUGAAUGGUGGAACGCCGGCUCCUCCAGGAUCAGCUCAUAGCAUGCAACCCGCAUCUGUACCUGGUGGAGCUGAGCUAAUGGAUCAACAGAGCACUAAAGACGACAUCGAAGUGAGCAAAAUCAAGCAGGGCUUGUUAGAUGAUUUUGCGCCGAAGGAGGAAAUAUCAUCUGGUGAUCAGCCAUAUUUCUAA